CAGUCUGCCAAUGCAAUCUGUGGCAGUCACAAUGAUUUGAACAAGCACUAGGACCCUGAGGAAUCUUUCCUUCAACCUCAUCUGGUACCUGAUCUAGGAGAAGAAGCGGUCACACAGAGAAAAUAAAAUGGCCAGCCAGUCACAAGGAAUACAACAGCUUCUCCAUGCUGAGAAACGAGCUGCAGAGAAGGUUGCUGAGGCCAGGAAACGCAAAGCUCGAAGGCUGAGGCAAGCGAAGGAAGAAGCACAGGGUGAGAUUGAACAGUAUCGUCUGGAGAGGGAGAAGGACUUCAGACAUAAGCAAGAAGCAGUCAUGGGGUCCCAAGGUAACUUGGCAGUAGAGGUCGAGCAACAGACACGUCAGAAGAUCCAGGCAAUGCAGGCCAACCACCACCGCAACAAGGAGAAAGUCCUGCGCCAACUGCUAAUGCUGGUGUGUGACAUCAAGCCUGAAAUUCAUCACAAUUAUCGCAUUAAGAUGUAGGCAAGCAUAAAACAUGAUGAGCAACUAUUGCACCACUACUGGUGCCUCAACAAUGAUGGCUAGCCACUUGUCAAAAAAUUAAAACUCGUAUUCGGUUAAGUGAUUGGCUAAAGCAUCACUUCUCCCGCUUGUACCGUAUUGCUCGCAAGUUGCAAAUUAUUGUGUCUCACCCAGUUGUUCAUUGUAAUAAUCAAGAAUACGUGAAGUCAUGUAAACUGUGCUGCGUAUAGAGAACCAGCACUGAUCGAAAAAUAUUUGUCACUGCUAUUAGAUUCCAAUUCUGGAAACUGGGAGUUCAUUCCUUCCCUUUCAAUGCUGUCAAGAGUCGUUGGAAUUAUGCAAGAUUGUUGGUAAAUUGGUGAACUUUCCUCAUGUCCUGCACGGAAGUUGCUGACAGGGAUUCUCCAGCAUUAAAUCAUUGCUAUGUUGUUUUUAAA